GUUAUAGGAAAAAUAGAGUAUUUGAAACCAUUUCCAUUUUCAAGUGCAGCAAGAGCAACAAAAAGAAAAAAUAGAGAGCGACUUAGAAUCAUUGUGCAACUACUACUAAGCGACCCCAUCGUCCACAUACAUGCCUCCUCUCUACAGGCUCCUCCUCGUCCUCCUCGAACAGCACAACUAUAUAGAGGCUUCACAGCAUGAUCGAUCCUCCAUUACACGAGCCUCGUUGUGAUGAGGUCAUUGUGGAUCGCGCGCGGCGGAGCACUUCUUCACCUUGUCCUCCUGCACCUCCCAUGGCGAGGACCGGAAUUAGGAGCACCUCCAAGUCCGAAGACCACCAAGAGCCGCUCUUGUACUGCAGCUCUAGCUUUCGUACUGGAAUUUGACAAGACGAAGCACUCGAAGAAAUACGUCAGAAGUAGACAAAGGAAGAGAAACAAGAAAAACAAUGGAAGAGAACGAAGGAAGAAGAAGAAAGACAAGAGGUGGAAGAGAGCAGAUGGUCUUUAUGGAUAGAAGAGAGCAGAUGGAUCAUCUUGGAUGGACUGAAUUAGUUUUGGUACUAGCUGGUCGUCAUGUUGAUGUUCGUAAGUGGAUAGAAGAAUGUCAUCUGAAUGGUUUAGAACAGUUUAGAGAUCAGAACAAACUUGGUUUUACGCUGUCCAAGAACUGCUAGUACUAGUAGCUGUAGCGUUUUUUUUGUUGCCUACGUACUUGUCUACAAGUGCCCCAACAUUUACUUACGUGACUUGAAGCGGGGUCGUAGCUCCUCCAUUCUAAGACACAUUUGCCAGAGAUAGACCACUUCAACGAGGAAGUGAGCGGCAGAGGAGCCUCCCAGACUUUCAAGACAACGAGGAUGAAGAAGGACUGAUUGUAGUGGAUGGACGACGUAUUGCUCAUGAAGAGGUGCAAGAGGACAGACCAUUCAGAAAUGAAGACGACGGUGAUGUUGCUCAGCAUGCGGAGGAAGAUGAAGACGCAGUCAGAAAUGAAGACGACGGUGAUGUUGCUCAGCAUGCGGAGGAAGAUGAAGACACAGUCAGAAAUGAAAAUGGAGCAGAUGUUGAUGCUGAGAAUCAAAAAGACGACGGUGAUGUUGCUCAGCAUGACGAGGCAGAUGAAGACACAGUCAGAAAUGAAGACGACGGUGAUGUUGCUCAGGAUAAGGAGGCAGAUGAAGGCGAGGUACAAGAACAAGAAAUAGUAGACCUCGUAGUUGACGCUCCUGUUUUUUACAAGGAGGGUCUACAAGAGCGUCUGGUCCCUGAAAUACACGAGCAACAGACGGAGCAGGAUCUACAAGCACAGCGCGUCGUUCCUGAAAUACAAGACAUCAACAUGAUAGGUGAGUAUGAGGAUGAACAGAAGAAUCAGGGUCCUCCUCGUGAGCUAAUGGAGGAAGUAGAACUACAGCCGCAAGAUGAUGAUGACAAAGUAGAGGAUGACGUUGAUGAAGAGAAGGUCAUGUUCUAUGAUUUAGAGGAUGAACUCGAUAAUUAUGGUAAAAAUGCUGGAGACAAGGACAGCGCGACUGCAGUUUUUUCCCUCCCAGGUAGUAGAAAAAAUACCCAGGAGGAAGUUCGAGAGCAGGAAGAGUACGAUCACGAAGAUGAAGAAGAUGUUGCUGCUCAGCGGCCAAGCAGAAAUCCCCACGUGCCAGAACAACAAUUAUACGAUGAAGACGCUACAACUUCUGCUCAAUCAGCAACACCUUCAAGUGCCCGAUUUCGUCUAGAGCAAGAACACGGUAAUGCCUCUCCACCAACAUCUUCAAGGGCAGCCAACCUAUCUCCGGAAGAGUCCAAUGAUGAAGACGGUAACGCUUCUGCAGAGGAAGGCAGUAGUCAGAGAUUGGAGGACGCGGUGAGCCUUCAUCUUGAUGACGACACCGAUAACGAAGAGGAGUUUGUAGUUAAGGCUCUUGAAGAUCAACAUAUCGGUAUCGUUGUUAAUUUCGAUUCCAUUUGCAUGCGGCACCAUUGAUGUUGUUCCACCUUGGGGACCUUUACCUUUUUGCUUCUUUUUAUAGACAUCAAGAGAAACUACAUUUAAAGAAGUUAAGGGUCCAACAAGGUUACAUAUCACACUCAUGAUAGCUCUAAUACAACGAGAGCUAAUGAGCAAAGAAGAUACGCUCAGAGCAGUCGCGAAGCUAUAAAGGAGGAUGAUGGCGAAAAUGAUGAUCAGAGCGAUACCGAUAUCGACGAAGACUCAGAUGCAUCUUAUGAAUUUGGAUACUAGAACUAGAAGCCGUUGGGGCUGAGUAUUCAAUGCAUUAUACUCAACUUCUACUUCAACAUGUUGUGACAGACAACAUGUUGAAGUUGUGACAACAUUUUUGUCUUUCUUCCAACCACUACUAGUGACUCUUCUAGCAUUUCUUCCUCUAAAGGUUACAGUUAGCGGAUUCCGAUUCCUCUCGAUUGCUUUUCCAAAAGAACAUUCCGCGGUCUCAGUGUCAAACGAGCGCCAAUAUAAUUUUGUUAUGAAUUCUAUUGGCUGUAGUUGGCUGAUGCUGAAGACGUUGUAGAAUACAUUUGAAUUUCUUAAUAUCACUGACGUGUGGCACUUCUUGUUGUUUUGAUUCUUGAUUUUGGCAGUGUUGGUAGUACCUACACCUAGCUGGCUCUUCCUUGUUCUGCUCGUUGAUUUCAUUGGCAGGUGAAGGUGAAUGACAUCGAAGUCACUGUUGUGGCUCUAACGAAUGAAGACAAGCGCUGCACAAGCGAUAUCAAGAUUGGUGAAAAGAAAUGUUAAGAUAAACAAGAAUGUCUCACUCAUGAUGCAAGGAUACGCAUACGGAUAGGCGAGUAGAUAAUGAUAGAAAAAAGGAAUAGAUACUUGCUCAAGAACUUCGACUAGCUUGUGGCAGCGAUAUGUGGAUCAAUAGAGUAUUCUUUCUCGAAUCCUACAUUUGCACUUGCAGUGGGUGAAACCAUUUCUAAAUGAGAAACCUUUCCUCAAGAGUUCUUCUUUGAGAGGAAGACCUACGUGCUAGUAACCUGCGGCCAUUCUUGCCAUAGGAUCAGGAACCUACAACAAUAAAAGUAAAACGCAAUUAUAUGGAAAAAAUAGAUGCUUCUUCUAACCAGGGCGGUGGAAACCAGCUUUAUCUGCCUUAAAGAACAAAUGCCGGGGACUUUGUACUGCUUCACCUAUGUGUUGUAGUUGUAGUAGAGAACAUCAAGUUUUGAUGAAACAUCCUUGUAAUGGAAUCCCUGAAAAGACACAGAAGAAGAGAAACCGAAACGAAUUCAAAUAUAUUAACUGAAGACAGUAGAAUUGUGAAUAGACCAACUAGUAUGAAUGCUUAGACUGUCGGUGCUCAAAAUUCGUUUACUUAUCGAUGUUCAUGUUCUCAUUCACUUUCAGGCACUGUUCUCUCCGUUUUAAAGCUUCCUGAUGUUCAUAAUUCUUAUUCUUGUACCUCCUCCUUCGCCAUCUCGUCAUCCAUCUCCUCCAUCUCGUCCUCCUUCUCCUCCUCCUCCUCCAUCUCGUCCUCCAUCUCGUCCUCCAUCUCCUCCUCAUCCUCCUCCUCGUCAUCCAUCUUCUCCAUCUCCUCCUCCUCCACCUCCUCCUCCUGUAACAAGUACACGUAGUGGUCUUGAACUAAGCGAGUAACUUACACAAUAACUGAGCACUUGAUAUUUUCAUUAUCUUCUAGGCCAAUCCGUUAUUUCAGUUUAUCAAUGAAAGUUCUGGCAUACUUCUUCUUACGUUUUUUACAGGUCGAGACAAGACUCUUUGCAAGUCUUUCGCUGUGCGGCAGAAUUUAGGACGGUUAUGGCUAAAACAAAUCCUACAUUGUACUAGUCAUUGGAUGGGGUACUAGACAACUACGGAGGUAGUGGUCCUCCUGAACCCUGAGUCAUGUAGUUGUCAUGAUACGACUCACCAGCACAGGGUACCAACAUCCUGUUCAUCCUGUCUUGAGUACUAUAUGGGUCAUGCCAAAAAUUAAUACUUGUUGUACUUAUGUAUAAUUGAAGGUGCUCUUGGUGUAGGUGUUUCAGAAUGAAUGUGGAGUCGUUGUAUGUAGAGUUGUAAGUAGGAGAGCAGCGCUCGAUCUUCUACAAGAUACGGCUGCUCUCGUCGAUCCUUACGGUUUAUUAGGGUUCAUGUUCUCUUCUAAUGCGCUGCUACCUCUACAAAAGCAAAAUGACCGCCUUAUGGAAAAAUGAAAUACUUUUACUUCAUCUUUUGCCAUUGUGAAAAAUUUGAAAUUAAUUAUUUAUCGUCAGUGAAAUCUUAGGCAUCAUCGCUCAUCACGAGUCUCAGCUCUGAAGUCUGCUGGUUUACCUAGUAGACCCACGCCUAACCUAACCUAACACUGUGUGGAGUGACAUGAUCACAGGCAGCUUCCCUUUUCAUACGGCGCAACUAUCGACAACCAUUGCACUUUGUCUUGGCCGACGGGAAAGAUUUACAAUCUUAUCUUAAGGCUACUUUAUCACUAUCCCUACUUGUGGAGUAAGUGUAAGAGUAUGCUGAGAUGAAAUAUUAUUGUUAGAAAUAUCAACAAGUGCAUGUUGACAUAUAAAGUAUAAACAAGUAGUACAUGCAGAUGGAGUUUUUCGUGCUAGCUGCGUGCGGGCAUUUAAAGGGGAAACGAAGAGGGGAACAAAAACUCAGGGGAACGAAAUAGACCAAGGGGGACAAAAACUAAAAGGUUUUCACCACUCCACCAAGUGGGAUAGUGAGAGACUAAGGCUAAUUAUGUGUCCAACCACUUCAACGACAACGUCAACAACGACGCCAGGACCUGUACCGGCAACAACCAGCAGUAGCACGGCACCUUCGACAACCAGCAGCAGCACGGCACCUUCGACAACCAGCAGCACGACGGCACCUUCGACAACCAGCAGCAGCACGACGGCACCUUCGACAACCAGGAGCAGCAGCACGACGGCACCUUCGACAACCAGCAGCAGCACGGCACUACCGACCACCACCGCAUCAACAUCGACAACCGAUCCGUAAAUUUUUUUUGUUUUUAUAUCAGAACAAUUGUCAACUUUCCUAUGCUACAACUUCGUUUCAUCUUCCAUUAUAUCAGAACAGUUCAUAGAAGGGAUGUCCCGUUGUAAGGCUAAGGGUGUUUAAUCCUGUGAGUUAUUUGCUAGUGCUACGUACUCACUGUAAAAAUUCAUUCUUGUGACGUGUACUACCACUUUAUUCAUCUCCACAUCCCGACUACAGCAUCACGCCUCUUUUUGCGACGCUUACGGCAACUACUACGAUAACAUCGACUUCGACGACAACAACCACCCUACCGCCGCUGGAUCUUAACACCUUAUGAGAUAUGUAACAGUUGUGCAUGAUCCCUAACCUAACCCAACCUAACCUGGCCUUACUUUCCCUUUUGAUACUCGAGAUAGAAGAGGUAGGCUUGCGUCAGAACUAUGACUCAGAAUGAACAAGCUUCCGAUCGAAUGAAAACUCAAAAUAACCGAGUUACUGACUGAAAUAAGGGAGGUAGCUUAACGCCAAUUCUACUCUUCCUUCUCAUCAGUAUCUCGGUUAUUCUGAUCAGUUACUUGCUUAUUUCAGUUUUUCGAAUAGUUAGUUCAACAAGUAGCCCUAGGUGGUACCCUAUCUCACAUUCCUCCUACUACGUAUCUCUCGAUCUCACAUUCUUGCACUUGCUGCCGCGUAUCUUCCUAUCCCUUCUCAUGAUCCCUGAUCCCAUGUCACUAGUCUCCCUAUCUGUUGUUCUUACUACAAGUCUCCGUGUACCCUGUUGCCAUGUUGCUAUUACACUCUCCCUGUAUUGGUAUUGCAAUCCCUAAUCUGUAUGGUUCUGGUAUUUGGUAACCUGAAUUUGAUCCUAAGAGUUCUCUUCUUGUUUUCCCUUAGGAUCAAACUCAGGUUACCAAAUACCGGAACAAUUCACAAUCCCAUGUCAACACUAUUCUCCCCGUAUUGUUGUCACGUGAUUCGCAAAUGAAUGAAUGAAUGAACGUAUUGCAAGUACACUCUCUCCGUGUUCCUUCGUAUUCCAUUCUUCAUUUCUGUGCGAAGCGUCACCCGCUGCCGGCAAUACUAUCACUCGUGGUGCUGGCGCAACCUGCGAAGACGGAGAAUACCAGGAUGCAACGGAUCCUGUAGUUAAGGAACCUUCAACAGGAUCCUGUGCAUAUUGUAUCACAGUACCUAACAGCUAAGCUCCUAACAGCUAAGCUAAGGUCCUGUUAAGCAAUGAUGUAGAUCAUCAUCACUGUAAAAACGUAAAGUCCGUAAAGUUUUACUUCCUGUCGUAACGUAAAGUCUUUACAACCUUCUGUUGCGGAACAGGGCUGUUGUAGAUCUAAUCUAGAAACGGAAAGCGAAAAGACAGUCGACGACUACGGUAUCAUAGCAGAAAGAGACGACUGUCUUCGAAAAUGUAAUUUUAGCUUUUUUAUUGCUAUUUGAUCUUUAUUUUAGAAGUUUUUUUAGUCGAUCUUCGUACAAAGAAAAGCUGCAAAGGUAAGUAGUUGAUUAUGGAGAUGAAAAGCUACGCUGCUUCUUCAAGAAAGUGAAAACUAUCAAGGAGCACAGACAAGCACCAGAGAGACGGAGAACUCGGAACCUCGACGCUAUAGUCUUCGCUUGUCAAGAGCUAGUUUUGUCUUACUUUUAUGUUCGGUUUUGGCCUUAGUUCUACUGGCUAGGCUAAUCCUUGCCUUCAAUCAAUCGCAGUCUAUUCCUUACAUCUUACUUUGUCAAGGGCUACAACAAACGACAUUGCAGCACUGCGUUUCUGAUAAACAUUUCUGAUAAUCAUCGACAUCGACAUUAUCAUUUAGGAAGAAAUCAUUUCAGCCCAUAGUGAUAGUUAUCACCAACAUUUUUAGGUAAACUCCGUGUGGAAGCGCUUGGGGAUGAAGGUGCCUGCCGGUCUUUUGGGGUACUCGGAGAGUUUUGUCGCCUGUAUGCAAUGCCGUUCGACGAAGCCUCCUGCGUACCAAAUUUAAGGCUAAUUACGUAAGUAUGCUAGUAACGUAAGUUAUAGAGUUGUAAAAGCGAUGAACUACGAAACGUAUCUAUAAGAAAGGUUCAAUAGGAAAGCGAAUGAAACAUUUAUCAACGAUGAACUUGUAGGCGGAACAAGUCGGAUAGGUGGAAGUUCAUCGUUCAACGAUGAACCGGUUGAUCCAGGCUGUCGUGGGCCGCCCUUAGUGAUGCAACUCUGUUGGUGUUGGAAACUUCUUCUUCUAACUACCUGGGGAACAGAAGGCAACAACGCACUGAUCUACGACAUGGUAUGUCAGCGCCAAAAAUCUGGUGGUUUUAGUGUCGUGAUAGGCGGAGAAAGUCGAUGAUUGGUGGAGGAGGAGGAUGACGACGAGUAGAUCAGAUGGAUGGAGGACGAUGAAAAGGCCUAAAGAAUCUUUCACAAAGACUAGGUAACAAGAAAGUGUAGCUACUGCCGCCGCUGCUAAUGCAGUUGAGGACCUUUCUACAAGCAUCUUGUGCCACUGUUGUUGCGAUGGUUGACUUACGUGACUAGGAUGAUAUCCACAUUUAGUCAUUUUUUUUUUUGCGCAGUAUUAAAUAAGUAUGUUUGAUGUAGUUAUUUAAGAAAUCUAGUGAUGACAGCCACUCAACUGGGUUUAUGACUAUAUUCUUUCCUAAUGACGUUCACAUUGACACCCGUGAUAAUUAGAGAAGUCGCAUGCAUGAAUGCAUGCUGCAUGCUAAACAUUUCCACGAUUAACGGCGCAUUCGAAGAAAUACAAAGAGCAAAGAUUAUUUUAGGUACGUACCUGCUAAGAAACGACAGAACACUAUUUUUCAUUAUAAUUUAGCGCAAGCUUCGGCUGCGCUGUGCGCGAUUUCUGAACGAGUAAUGAUCUCUUCGACAAUGAAGUGAGUCAGCUAAUUUUUUUUGGACAGAAACGGCGUGGACACAAACAGCUAGUCGUGUCGGAUGAAGAAAGCAC